GAAGCGCCGUACAUAAUGUCUGUGAUUUUGAACAAAACAGUGCCACGGCUGCGGCUGCCGCUGGGGCUCCUAACUCUGGUGUUAUUUGCCAUUGGCCAAGGUCAGGGCUGUCAAGUGCUGACCUCUGCAGCAGCUGCAGAGACCAAGGACUGGUGGGAGACGGCGCAGUUCUAUCAGAUCUAUCCACGUUCUUUUAAGGACUCGGACGGUGAUGGCAUCGGGGACUUGAAUGGCAUCACCAGCAAGCUGGAAUAUCUCAAGGAUCUGGGCGUAACUGCCGCCUGGCUGUCGCCCAUAUUUUCCUCGCCCAUGGUGGACUUUGGCUACGACAUCUCCGACUUCUUUGACAUUCAGCCCGAGUACGGAACACUGGACGACUUCCGUGCGCUGAUCAAGAAAGCCAAUGAAUUGGACCUGAAGAUCAUACUGGACUUUGUGCCCAAUCACUCGAGCAACGAGAGCGAGUGGUUCAAGAAAUCAGUGAAGCGGGAGAAGGGCUACGCGGACUACUACGUGUGGCACGACGGAAAGGUGAAUGCCGAGACGGGGCAGCGGGAGCCGCCCACCAACUGGCUGCAGUAUUUCCGUGGUAGUGCCUGGGAGUGGAACGAGGAGCGGCAGCAGUACUAUCUGCACCAGUUUGCGGUGCAGCAGCCCGAUCUGAACUACCGCAAUCCCGACGUGGUGGCGCAGAUGAAGCGCGUGCUGCGGUACUGGCUGAACGAGGGUGUGGCUGGCUUCCGCUGCGACGCACUGCCGCCGCUUUUCGAGGUGCUGCCCGAUGCGGAGGGUCAGUACCCCGAUGAGACUGUGAGUGGAGCCACCGAGGAUAAAGAUGAUCGCGACUAUCUGACGACCACGUACAUUGAGAACAGGCCAGAGACCGUGGACAUGGUUUACCAAUGGCGCACGGUGCUGGACGAUCACAAGCGGAUAUUUGGCGGCAACUCGAGUGUCCUGCUCAUAGAGACAUACACUGCGGCUUGGUUCACCAUGCAGUUCUAUGGCAAUCGGACGACGGAGGGCGCCCACCUGCCCUUCAACUUCAACCUGAUCACUGUGAUCGAGGAGAAGGGCCUCAGUGCCCAGACCGUGCAGGAGGCAAUCGACUUGUGGCUGCAGAAUAUGCCCCCUGGUCGCACGCCCAAUUGGGUGCUGGGCAACCACGACAAGCGACGUGCAGCCAGCCGAUACGGAGUGGACCACAUUGAUGGCAUGAACAUGCUGGUGAUGAUCCUUCCGGGAGCCAGCGUGACAUACCAGGGCGAGGAGAUCGGCAUGACCGACGGUGAGAUCAGCUGGGAGGACACUGUCGAUCCCUGGGGCUGCAACUCCAAUGCGGAUAUCUUCGAGAUGUACACCCGGGAUCCCGAGCGAACGCCCUUCCACUGGACGGGUGGCAGCAAUGCGGGCUUCACCGAUGGACCCACCACGUGGCUGCCCCUGGCCGGCGACUACGAGACAGUCAAUGUGGCAACCGAGCUGGCGGCGGAGCAUUCCCAUCUGAAGAUCUACAAGGAGCUGGUGGCACUGCGCAAAUCAUCGAAGACCCUGCAGAACGGAUCCACCAAGUAUCUGGCCCUCACCAAGGACAUAUUUGUGGUUCGACGAUCGCUCGCCAACUCCCCCACCAUUGUGGCUGUAAUCAACUUUGGCUCCGAGGCCAAAACUAUCGACCUGCGGGAGUUCGAUAAGAAUCUAUCUGGGAACUUGCAGCUGCUCGUCCGCAGUCUGGCGUCCACCAAAUCUGAGGGAACUAGCUACAAUGCCCAGCUAUUGAGCAUUGAUCCAGCUGAGGCCCUGGUUCUGACCACCCAAUGAAACGAGAGGAAACGAUUUCGUUUCGUUUCGUUUUGAUUCGAUUUAUUCGUAAAUAUAUGUAUGUAUAUGCAGCCUAACAACAUUUAGCAUCAUAUUUAUUGUUAAUAAUAUGUAUAUUAUUCUUAUUAUAACGAGUAUUGGCUGUGAAUCAAGUGAAAGACAUUCAUAAAUGUUCAUUUGGUUUCGUUUGCUUAUUUAUGUACACGUAACACACACAGAGAAUCAAAUAUCAAACAUUGGGCUAACUUCUUAAACUGUCUUAACAUUUGGCUAAACUUUUAAUAUGUAUUAUUAUUUCUUAGACAUACUUAGAAUACAUAUACAAUUAUGUAUGUAUUUAUUGGGAUAUAUAUUUAAAGUCAACACACAUUCAAAUGGUAAACAGCACAAUCAACAUUAAUAUUUUGUACACACAUCUAGAGAAUACGAGGCUAGAGGUAUAUUUCCUAUGUAUAUAUGCAGGCUAUUUACACAUCGAGUUGGACAACAAUUAAAUCUACCAUGUUGCUGGGCUCAAAACAACACAAUAAA